CGUUGGCAAUUACCCCGACCGAAGCGCACCGUCGCCUGUAGAGCUCCUUCGAUCCGCUCUACUCUCCGUGUGACCUGGAGUAGAAAUCUCCUGCUUUACCACAGUGGGUUGUCGCGCGUUGUCAAUGACCAGGAAGCGCCAGCGGAGCACAUGGACACGCAAUGUGGACGACCGCCCGACGCCGCACCGCCGCCAGAUCGCAACGCUCAACAAUGUAGACACCACAGUGGACGCAACGACGCCCCCUGGUCCAGAGGAUGCGGAGAACGCCAAUAAUAAUGGUCCGAGUGCGUCGAGUACGGCGACAGUGACGUCGUCUCCGGAUGUGCUCCAAGGCGGAGCGACGGCCAAAGCGGAGACUAUCGGAGAUAACGAACAGCUCAAGCAAACCAAAGUAAAAGCAGCUCUUCCGAAACGCCGAGCGAUCGUCUGGUUCCGUCGUGACUUGCGGUUGCACGACAACUUGGCGCUGGACGCGGCAAUGCGCACACAGCAGCAGCUACAGCGAGCUGGUGACGAGGAGAUGGCGUUGUUGCCUAUUUACAUUCUGCAUCGACCCAAAUUUCAACGGUGCGGACCGAUGAGGUUCCAGUUCGUGCUAGAAGCGAUUGCAGACUUGGCUACAUCCAUCGCAAAGCUGGAUGGAAGGCUGUUAGUGCUUCGUGGAGACGCGGAGGAUGUGCUGCGCGUUGUUAUGACGGCGUGGGGCGUCACUGAUCUCUUCUUUGAAGCCGGCGUCGUACACUACUCUAUUGAGCGUGAUAACCGCGUUCGUGACAUUGCCAAGUCUCUGGAUGUCAAAGUAACGACGGUCCGAGGGGUGACGCUGUAUGAUCCACACGAGAUCAUUCGACUGAACGGCGGCCAGCCACCUACACACUACGAACGGCUGCUGGAGAUCACGGAGAAGAUGCCACAACCAACACAACCCAUUCCUGCUCCGGUUAAGCUCGCUAACGCUGCUUCGUUCAGUACAACGCAAUUGUUCUCGUUGUUGGAGGAUUUUUGUCAAGAGAACCCAAGCACCGCAGACGUAAUUGCUGGAGUGGACGGUGAUGUGAAGAAGACUGAGGCCGAGCUAUUUGCCGUUCCCCCUCUCACAGCACUGGGAUUAACCCCGCCAAACCCGCACGCACCGUUUAUCGGAGGUGAAAGCCAAGCCUUAAAGAGACUGGAUGAUUUCUGCGAGGACGAACGUCGCGUCGGACAGUUCGAGAAGCCGAAAACUUCUCCUGUGUCAAUUGAUGGGCCGUCCACCACAACUUUGAGUGCGUAUCUGUCGUUCGGGUGUCUGAGUGCACGUGAAUUCUUCUACCGCAUCAUGUUCAUCCAGCUACAGUACCCACAUCGCCCAGGUUUACCGACACAGGUCACACUUGAAGGCCAGCUCAUGUGGCGCGAGUUCUUUUACUGUUACGCGUGCGGGACGCCAAAGUUCUACUCGCAAGAAGGGAAUCCAGGCUGUAAACAGAUCGACUGGCGCUUGCUCAACGAAGACUACGUCUCACACCCUGAACUUGACGAACACGAGCCAAAUCAGUUGACAGACCCAGACGAGAAGAUCGCUAUGCGCCAGUUUCAGAGCUGGAAGGACGGACGGACAGGUUUCCCUUGGAUUGACGCCGUCAUGCGGCAAAUUAAUCAGGAAGGUUGGACACACCACGCCGGUCGCCACGCUGUAGCGUGCUUUUUGACACGUGGAGUGCUCUACAUCUCGUGGCUGCGAGGAGCGACGUAUUUCCAGGAGAAAAUGAUCGACCUGGAUUGGCCAAUUAACGUUGGCAAUUGGCUCUGGGUGAGUGCGAGUUGCUUCUUCACCAAUUACCGUCGGAUGGCGUCUCCGUCCACAUUCCCGCAGCGAUGGGAUCAGCAAGGUCAGUUCAUUCGUAAAUACGUUCCAGCGCUGCGCAAUAUGCCCGACAAGUACAUUUUUGAGCCCUGGAGGGCGCCUCUGAAAGUGCAGCGCGACGCCGAGUGCCUCAUUGGGAAGGACUAUCCGUUUCCAAUCGUGGACAGCAAGCUGGCAAUGUCACGAUGCAUAGCUGGCAUGAGUAAAUCUAUCUCGGACAGUGAUACGGAGUCUACAAAUUCGUCAGUGACGAGUACACGCACGCAAACUGAAGACACGGAGUCUGAUGGCUCCUCUUGGAGUGGCGACGAUAUCUGCUAUAACUACCGAGUCCCUGCAUCGAUUUCGCAGCCGGAAUGAGCAGCAUCCCUGGAACACGGUGACUCGAAGCAAAUGUGUAUCUGCUAAGAAUAACAAAUUAAUUAUCAACUCUUAUCACGUUUAACAGGGUUCACCAAGCUAU